CCUCAAUGGCGGUAUCCUGGCUGCGCGAUGCGCCCGCGGCGCAGCCGCUUGCGCUGUACCUUGUCUCCGCCUUCGGCUCUGGCGUCUGCAUCGGUGCCACUGGCAUCGGAGGCGUGCUGCUCGUGCCGCUCCUCCUCCUCAUGGGAGUCCCGAUCGGCGUUGCGAGCCCGGCCGUCAUCGCCUCGCUUCUUCCGGCCGGAGUCGUUGCGCUCAUCGCUAACCGCAGGAUAGUGCCGCGGAUCGAGACGGCGACGGCUGGGCUCUCCGCGGUACCGGGCGCGGUAGCCGGCAGCUUGCUCUUCCCGCUGGUGCCUGCCGCCCUCAUCUCCAGCUUCGUCGUGCUGCUUGCGGUCCUCAGCGGCGUGCAUGCAAUCUGCACCGUCUUCAGGGCCGGCCGCGGCGGACGGACUGACGACAGCGGCAGCAGCCGAGACGAUCAGCCCAGCCGGUGCGACACCGAGCUCGCCACCGCCGCAGCCGACGGAGCCCGCAAGGGCGGCGGCGCCGCCGCCGCGCAUCCCUCGGCGGCUGCCGGCGCGUUCGUGCUGUCGAAGCGGGUCGCCGUGGCCCUCGGCCUCGUGGUGGGGCGCGCUCAAUAGACGCGAGAUGCAUGUUCCGCUGUAUGCCAGCCGUGCCAACUGUAUCCACAGCUGUGAUGCCCGCGAGGCUCGGGAGUGCGAUGCACGGCGAUAGACGGAUCUGGACCCCACACUCGGCCGUGUGCAUAUCUAGGCUCCUGUCCAUCCUGACUUGCACCGGCGGACCGUUUGUCGCGAUCCCGCUCCUCUUCCGUCUCGACCCGCGCCUGCC